AUCCUUACACGCACAAAUUCAACACAUUUCUCUUUCUCCCUUCCUUGCAAUUCUUUCCUGUGUGAGAGAGAGUGCUUCUUCUUCGUCGUGGUCAUCGAUCUAGAGAGAGAGAUAGGAUUAUAGGGAUGACGAGCAAGUACACGGGCGUGGUUGAUGAAGGCAACUACUCGUACGAGGAGGAGAUGGUGAACAACGCCCGGGGGAUGAAGCUCUUCACCUGCAGAUGGCUGCCCCCAAAGUCGCAGCCAGUCAAGGCCCUCGUAUUCAUUUGCCAUGGUUACGCGGUGGAGUGCAGCGUGACGAUGCGUGGGACGGGCGUGCGGCUGGCGCAGGCCGGGUACGCGGUGUACGGGGUGGACUACGAGGGCCACGGCAAGUCGGAAGGCCUCCAGGGCUACGUCCCUUCCUUCGACCUCCUCGUCAACGACUGCGACGCCUUCUUCGCCGCCGCCGUCGCCUCCACCCCCAACACCGACCUCCCGCGCUUCCUCCUGGGCGAGUCCAUGGGCGGCGCCGUCGCGCUGCUCCUCCACCGUGCAAGGCCGUCUUACUGGUCCGGGGCAGUCCUCGUCGCCCCAAUGUGCAAGAUCGCUGACGAGAUGAAGCCGCAUCCGGUGGUGGUGAGCGUGCUUCGGGCGAUGACGAGCAUCAUCCCGACAUGGAGGAUCGUGCCCACCGCCGACGUCAUCGACGCCGCCUACAGGGUGCAGGAGAAGCGUGACGAGAUCAGGGCCAACCCUUACUGCUACAACGCUAAACCACGCCUCAAGACCGCCUACGAGCUGCUCCGGAUCAGCCUCCACGUGGAGAACAACAUCCUCAAGAAGGUCUCGCUGCCCUUCCUCAUCGUGCACGGCGGGGACGACAAGGUCACCGACCCCUCCGUCAGCGAUCUCCUCUACCGCUCCGCCGUCAGCCAAGACAAGAAGCUCAACCUCUACCCUGCCAUGUGGCACGCCCUCACCUCCGGCGAGACCGUCGACAACAUCAACGUCGUCUUCAAAGACAUCAUCGCCUGGCUCGACCAAAGAUCCGGCGCCUCGCCUGCACCAACAACGUCGUCGUCGGAGAUGGAGCAGAAGAGCAAGCACGAUCAUGACCAGCAUCAGCAGGAUCUUAAUGUUGUCGCCAAACAAUGAUCGAUCAAGUGCGCUUGGAUUUUAUUUUACAAUUAGCUAGCAAAAGCAAAGGUCAUUCAUUUUGUACUACCCUUUCGGUUCCUUUAUAGCGCCGAUACUGCUGGAUCUGUAACUCAUCAUGCUAGUACUACUGUAUACUCCAUUGAGAGUUGAAAAUCCAAGCUGCAGGUAUCCAAAUCAA